AAUAUAAUAGUGCUUAUAACAAAAUGGAAAAUAUCGCUCAAAGUACUAAAGAAAACAACAGCAAGGUUAUGAGUGUUGAGAAAUCUAUACUUGCAAAAAGUAAAGAGCAAGACUAUCAGCGAUGAUGCAGUGCUCACUUUAAUAUCUUCUCUGAUGAAAUAGAAGCAAAGCCAUUGGAUUCGGAUAGUGAAGGAAAUUUUGAUAAUAAAGACUUUUAUUUCCAAAAGCACGAGGAUCUCAAAUUUGCAUGAAAAUUAAAAUGUGUAAAGUUCUUCUCUAUCAACGAGAUCAAUUUAUUAUAUAUCAAGAAGAAGAAUAAGCGUAUUCAGGAUUUCUUCGAUUUCGCAUUUCCGAGUAAAGUUAAUGAUCUGUGGGUUAUCUUCUGAGCAGGUAUAAAUCUGAACAGAUCCAAUUAUUUUAACUCAUUGAUAAAAAUAAGCUAUAAAGUUACCCAAAGUGUAGGGUUUGAGAAUUUGUGACUUAGUGCCUUCCAACUCAAGAGAUUGGUCUCAGCAUACAGACAUGUGGAUACAUUAAAAUUGUGGAGUUGCAAGUUGUCUAUUCCUAAUGCUCCAGAUUUCUCAAAAGCUCUUUACAAUUGUAAACUCAAACAACUAAGCUUAAUAGGAUCAGGGAGCUUAUCGUUAAGCGAUUGGAAGAAUAACUUUAACGAGUUUAAAAAUUUGAUUCAAGGGUUGGCAAGUUCUACUGAUUUAAGAGCAAGUCUAGAGACAGUAAACAUCAACUUUUGUGAAAUAGAGAGAAAUGAAGCUGAAGAAUUCUUUGAAGCAAAUCAACUUGGAGGAGUUGAAAUACUUGUUUGUUAUUAA